AUGGACAUCAGCAGCGAGGCAAAGGUGGACUCGUUCUCGAUCGGGCCCUCCACGGUGGUGGGGCGGACGAUCGCCCUCCGGGUCCUCCUCUGCAGCUCCGUCUCGCACCUCCGCCACCAGCUAUUCCGGCUCCUGAGCGUCUGGCUCGCCGCAACUAAGGACGUCGUGCUCCCGGUCCUCUCCUGGUUCCACCCCCGGAACGCGCAGGGCAUCCUCGUCAUGGUCACCCUCGUCGCCUUCCUCCUCAAGCGGUUCACCAACGUGCGCGCGCGCGCCGAGUCGGCUUACCGGCGCAAGUUCUGGCGCAACAUGAUGCGCAGCGCGCUGACCUACGAGGAGUGGGGCCACGCCGCCAAGAUGCUCGACAAGGAGCAGCCCAAGACGAACGAGGCCGACCUCUACGACGAGGAGCUGGUGCGCAACAAGCUCCAGGAGCUGCGCCAGCGCCGCCAGGAGGGCUCCCUCAGGGACAUCGUCUUCUGCAUGCGCGCCGAUCUCUUCAGGAACCUCGGCAACAUGUGCAACCCCCAGCUCCACAAGGGCCGCCUCCAGGUGCGCUUCCCGAACAUCGGUUUGCGGAGCCUGCUGGCCUUCCCGAUUUGUUUGUUCAUUCCUGUUCUUCAUCCACCCUCCAAAAACAAAAAAAAAGAAACCCAGAGACCUGCGGAUUGAUUGAGUGGCUUGUUUCCCGGUUACUGAUGGUGGACCGGCGUGGGGUACCAAAUUUCUCAGGUGCCGAAGCUCAUCAAGGAGUACAUCGACGAGGUCUCUGCGCAGCUGAAGAUCAUCUGCAACUCGGACUCGGAGGAGCUGCUGCUGGAGGAGAAGCUCGCGUUCAUGCACGAGACCCGGCACGCGUUCGGGCGGACGGCGCUGCUGCUCAGCGGCGGCGCGUCCCUGGGGGCCUUCCACGUGGGCGUGGUGAGGACGCUGGUGGAGAACAAGCUCCUGCCCCGGAUAAUCGCCGGCUCGAGCGUGGGGUCGAUCAUGUGCGCCGUCGUGGCCACGCGGUCGUGGCCGGAGCUAGAGAGCUUCUUCGAGGACUCGUGGCACUCACUGCAAUUCUUCGACCAGCUGGGCGGAAUCUUCACGGUAGUGAGGCGGGUGAUGACGCAGGGGGCGCUCCACGAGAUCCGCCACCUGCAGAUGCUCCUGAGGAAUCUCACCAGCAACCUCACAUUCCAGGAGGCCUACGACAUGACGGGCCGCAUCCUCGGGGUCACCGUCUGCUCCCCGAGGAAGCACGAGCCGCCUCGGUGCCUCAACUACCUGACCUCGCCCAACGUGGUCAUCUGGAGCGCCGUCACCGCCUCCUGCGCGUUCCCCGGCCUGUUCGAGGCGCAGGAGCUCAUGGCCAAGGACAGAGCCGGUAACUUGGUUCCCUUCCUCGCCCCCUUCCUGGCGGGGCCCGGGGAGGCCCCCCGCCGCUCCUCGGCUCGCCGGUGGCGGGACGGGAGCCUGGAGAGCGAUCUGCCCAUGAUCCAGCUGAAGGAGCUCUUCAGUGUCAACCACUUCAUCGUCAGCCAGGCGAAUCCGCACAUCGCGCCUCUCCUGAGACUGAAGGAGCUUGUCAGAGCCUACGGGGGGGACUUCGCCGCCAAGGUAUAACCCAGCCAUUUUGAUGAAUUUACCAUGUUCUGUUUGCUGAUCGCCCACAUCAUCAUUGCCCCCUCAUCUGUGCAUUGCAUAUAUAUUCUACAGCUCGCCCAUCUUGCGGAGAUGGAAGUGAAGCACAGGUGCAACCAGAUUCUGGAGCUAGGGUUCCCUCUCGGAGGGCUCGCCAAGCUCUUCGCGCAGGAAUGGGAGGGGGACGUUACGGUGGUGAUGCCGGCCACCCUUGCUCAGGUACGGACGACCGUCUGACCUUGUGGGGACGCGCUUCCGUCCUCACUUCGGUGCGGUUCUUACAUCUACUGUGUCACCUGAUGGGGACUGUUUCUUUUGUGGGCCGCACCGCCAGUAUUCGAAGAUCAUUCGGAACCCAUCUCAUGUGGAGCUCCAGAAGGCGGCUAAUCAGGGAAGGCGCUGCACUUGGGAGAAGCUGUCGGCGAUAAAGGCCAACUGCGCCAUCGAGCUCGCUCUGGACGAGUGCGUCGCCGUCCUCAACCACAUGCGCCGGCUCAAGAGGAGCGCCGAGAGGGCGGCGGCAGCGUCGCAGGGGGUCGCCACCGCUGCCAGGUUUAGCGCGUCGAAGAGGAUCCCCUCGUGGAAUCGGAUCGCCCGAGAGAACUCGUCCGGCUCCCUCGAGGACUACGCCGUAGUGGACUUUGCAGCAUCCCAUCAGGGCAGUGCCGCCCACGCCGGUGGCACCUCGGGAAGCGCCGUCCGCCCCCAGCACGGCGUGCACGACGGCAGCGACAGUGAAUCGGACAGCGGCGAUCUAGGGUCUUGGACGAGGUCUGGCGGGCCUCUGAUGAGGACAUCUUCGGCGAACAAGUUCAUCACCUUCGUUCAGAGUCUGGGAGCGCGGGAGGACGCCGCCGAGAGCCAUGACGCGGCCCAACAUUCGGUCUCCUUUACCAUCCAAGGAUUAGCGGCCGGCGGGGAGCCGCACCACGACGGCGGCCUCAGGGUGACGACGCCGGACGGAGGAGACUCGGAGAACAAUGGUGGGGAGUCCGACUGCAGAAGAGACGCCGCAACGACUCCCACCAGCAUCGUAGUCUCGGAAGGGGACUUGCUGCAGCCCGGGAGGAUUCCCAACGGCUUCGUCUUAAGUGUCGUGCGGAAAGAGGUUCUCACUCUCACGAACCGGGGCAACGAGAGCGGCGCCGAUUCCUCCUAUCCCUGUUCUGCGGGGGCCGUCACGGCUGACUGCGUGCAGAUUGAGAACUUCGGUCCCGACGCCGCCUCCGACACCGACGAGGACGAGGACGGCGGGGCGGCUGCCGGGCCAGGAGGGACGGAAUAUCCUUCUGCGGGCAAUUGGAGCAGUGGUUAA